AUGGUGAAACGUGUGGCUGAUCUGACGACGCUUGCAGAGAAACUGGAAGCGAUCCGGUGCUUGCGGAGUCAGGCAGCAAAGGGGCAAUGUUUGAUGAAGUCGACCGUGAUGGGCUGUCUUCAGUGCUUGGGAAACCUGAAGGAUUGCUCGGAAAAUCACUUGGUUUUGAGAACGGUGCUUGAUCUUAUGCGGUGCUCACGCACCAUCGAUAGCCCCUCAGUGGAUGUCAUCAUCCCAUGUUGCACUACUUUCUUUGAGCUGUCGAAUGACAAAGACAUGAUUCCAGCAAUGGCUGUGAGAGAUGCUUGGGGAAUCAAGCGGAGUCUCACAACACUGCGAAGAAAGUGGGUGAGGUCUGAGAAGCCCAAGGACUCUAUUGCUCAAGUGUUUCAGUGCAGCACAAAACCGCGCAAACCCAACGAAAUACUCAUGUACAAUCGUUCGCAGGACCCCAAGGUUCGAGAGCUCGUGGACAUGUAUGACAGGAUCGUCGAGGAGGCUUUGGCCGAAGGAAUCAGGAUUCCUCGCCGUACGAGCAGUGACGACGAUGUGGGAGGCCACGAUGGAGGAGCACCCCCCCCACCUGGUGGUGCAGGGGCCGCUGCUGAUCCAGUGGGUGCUGCUGUUGCAGUGCAUGAUGAUUCAGGGAUUGCGGCUGCGGCAGAUGAAUAUGAGUUCGAAGAUGCUGAAUCAGAGGAUGAUCUCGAAGCUGAUGCUCUAGAGCAUGUUCGUGCAGAGCCAGGCAGUGCGAUUGCAUCUGGGGCCCCAGAGAAUCCGAUUGUUGAGCCCAGUGGUGUGGCUUCCGAGUCCACAGAGAAUCCGAUUGUUGAGCCCAGUGGUGUGCCUUCCGGGUCCACAGAGAAUCCGGUUGUUGAGCCCAGUGGUGUGCCUUCCGGGUCCACAGAGAAUCCGGUUGUUGAGCCCAGUGGUGUGCCUUCCGGGUCCGUAGAGAAGUCGGUUGUUGAGCCCAGUGGUGUGCCUUCCGGGUCCACAGAGAAUCAGAGUGUUGAGCCCAGUGGUGACAGCAGAGCCGAGUUUCUUCAGCUUCUCGAGAAUUGCCGUGUUGAUUCUUCCCAGUCAACCGAUGGUUCCUAUAUCGAGCUCAGUGGUGCGCACAGUUCUGGGUCUACAGAGAAUCCAAGUGUUGAGCCCAGUUUGCUCAGAUGCGACUCGUCACAGGGAAUGUUGGAGACCUUGAUCAAGGAGAUGGAAGAUGAGGGCGGGGUCACCGGGGCCUCUGUUGCCAGUGCUUCCAGUUCCAUGGAGGUUCCACCGCAGGACCCUUCCGAGAAAGUGAAGCAGAUCCUAGCCCUCAGCAAAGCCAAGCUUCAGGCGAUUCGGGCCAUUGACGGUCCGGUCUCGGUGGAUUCAGAUGAAGACGUGCCCCCUGCUCCAAUCCCGGUGGCUCGAUCUGUUCCUGUGGACAACCAGGAGACGCAAGCCUUCACCCUGGAUACACAGGUGGUGCUUGAGCCUAUCUUCCAGGAAGAGCACAAAGCCUUAAUGGAAUCCCCUGUCCCGCUGGCUCGCAAGCUCUUCCCGGAGAAUGAAGACACAGGGGCAGGGGAGCCGUCCGUGCCAGCAGUUCCAGUGCCUACGGAAAACCUUUCCCCCCAGACAAACCACACCCCGUCGCCAUUGCCCGCCGAUCACAAGUUCCUGGAGUUUUCUCCACCGAAGGUGAUUACACGAGCCGAUCAACUUGGUUUGAAGAGGGACCGCAAGGAGGAGGGGAACGAGAAUGACGACAAGGAUGCUGCUCCCAAGCGCAAAGGACGACCACCUGCUCGCAAGGGGAAGGGACGGGGCCGAGGACGAUCAGCAGGGAAGAAGGGUCCCAUGAGAGAGCAAGCCUCAUCCUCCAAAGAUGUGCCGAAGAUGGUUGCAGUCAAGCGGGCACACGAGUGUGAGCCCGAGCCAUCUGCGCCGGUUGGGGUUGAGGAGGGGACUGUGCCCAAGCCCAAGACCAAGUCUGGUAAAGGGAAAGGGAAGAAGGCCAAGCAUGGAGGGUCAGAUUGUGCUGAUGGCCGCCCAGCUAUGCUGGCUGUUCCUGUGCCUGAGGAGGUUGGCAACGAUGAUGAUGUGGGCUACUCGACCCCUGUUUGGACAGGGGAUGGUGAGAACAGCCGCCCUUCUUUGGCGGUGUGCUCUGCAGAGACGGGUUCUGCUGCAGCACCCGUGAAAAAGCAGGGAAAGAAGAUCAGGCGCAAGCGAUCCAAGGCAGUGUGUCAUGCUGUGAAUGAUGGAGAAGACAAUGAAGAGCAUGCCCCACACCCGGUGCCGAUGGAGGUAGAGGAAGCCCCAGCUCUUGACCUGGACGUAGAGUUCAACUACCCCAAGACCUUUGCAGGCCGACCGUGUCCGCAGAUUGAGGGCAACAAGGGCUGGCUGUUGUGGCGACACAUCGUGCGUUCCUUUAUCGAGAUCAUUCGCCCCAACAUCCUGGAUCGAUCCCGCACCCGGCGUGAGGCUUCAGGGUUCAUGCACCAUAGGAUCAAGCAUCUGUAA